UGUAGUGUUGCAAUGUUAAUUCUGAAGAUGUACAUAUGAAUAUACCUCACUUUGUCGUUACAGUGCUUCGAGAUGACUUUCGACUAAACCCUACAGAUGUGGUAGUGGCAGCUGGGGAACCCGCCAUUUUGGAAUGUCAGCCACCCAGAGGACAUCCUGAGCCAACCAUAUACUGGAGGAAGGACAAAGUUCGGAUAGAUGACAGAGACGAGAGGAUUAGCAUUCGAGGUGGAAAGCUGAUGAUUUCGAACACAAGGAAAAGUGAUGCAGGAAUGUACACUUGUGUUGGAACUAAUAUGGUGGGAGAAAGAGACAGCGACCCGGCAGAGCUGACAGUGUUCGAACGACCAACCUUUGUCAGAAAGCCAGUUAACCAGGUUGUUUUGGAAGAUGAGAUUGUAGAGUUUCGGUGUACAGUCCUCGGAGAUCCACAGCCAACUGUCCGAUGGAAAAAAGAUGAUGCUGAUUUGCCAAGAGGAAGAUACGACGUCAAGGAUGAUUACACCUUACGGAUUAAGAAGGCAGCCAGCAUCGAUGAAGGCACAUACACGUGCAUUUCUGAAAACCGGGUUGGUAAAAUAGAAGCUGCCGCUACGCUCACAGUGAGAGCUCCUCCUCAGUUUGUUGUCAGGCCCCGUGAUCAGAUUGUAGCUCAGGGCCGGACAGUGACAUUCCCCUGUGAGACUAAGGGCAACCCACAGCCAGCUGUAUUCUGGCAGAAAGAAGGAAGCCAGAAUUUGCUCUUUCCAAAUCAACCCCAGCAACCCAACAGUAGGUAUUCAGUGUCCCCAACUGGAGAUCUAACUAUUUCCAACAUUCAGCGCUCAGAUGCUGGUUACUACAUUUGCCAGGCUUUGACAGUAGCUGGAAGCAUAUUGGCCAAGGCCCAGCUGGAAGUUACUGAUGUGUUAACGGACAGACCACCUCCAAUAAUCCUGCAGGGUCCAGCCAAUCAGACAUUGGCAGUUGAUGGUGCAGCGCUACUGAAAUGCAAAGCCACGGGUGAGCCCAUGCCAGUUAUCAGCUGGCUAAAGGAAGGAUUUAAUUUUAUGGGAAGAGAUGCAAGACUGUCCAUUGUGGAUCAAGGAUCCUUGCAGAUUAAAUCCUUAAAGACUGUUGAUUCUGGCACUUACACUUGUGUGGCAACGAGUUCUAGUGGAGAGACAACUUGGAGUGCGGUGCUGGAAGUAACGGAAUCUGCUGGUGCCACUGUCAGCAAGAAUUUUGAUAUCAACGAUUUGCCUGGAUCACCAUCAAAGCCUCAAGUUACCGAUGUCAGCAAGAACAGCGUCACUUUGUCAUGGCAGCAGGGCACACCAGGGGUCCUGCCUGUGACAUCAUAUAUAAUUGAAGCUUUCAGCCAAUCUGUCAGCAAUAGUUGGCAGACAGUGGCAAAUCAUGUGAAGACCACGCUGUAUACCGUGAAAGGCCUGAGACCCAACACAAUAUAUCUUUUCAUGGUGAGAGCAAUCAAUGCUGAAGGCCUAAGUGAUCCCAGCCCGAUGUCAGACCCAGUGCGAACACAAGAUAUAAGCCCAACUGUUCAAGGAGUGGACCAUCGGCAGGUUCAGAAGGAGCUGGGAGAUGUGAUUGUUCGGUUGCAUAAUCCUGUGGUUCUUUCACCUACCACGAUUCAAGCUUCCUGGACGGUUGAUCGUCAGUCGCAGUUCAUACAAGGAUAUCGGGUGAUAUACAGACAGACGUCAGGUUUGCAGAGUCCAUCCUCAUGGCAGAACCUGGAAGUGAAGGUUCCAGCUGAGCGCAGCACUGUGAUAUCCAACCUGAAAAAGGGGAUUACUUAUGAGAUUAAGAUUCGACCUUAUUUCAAUGAGUUUCAGGGACUGGAUAGCGAUUCAAAGUCAGCCCGGACAACGGAGGAAGCCCCAAGUGCUGCACCGCAGUCUGUCACUGUUCAGACAGUCGGGAGUAACAAUAGCACAAGUAUCAGCGUCUCCUGGGACCCACCUCCUCCGGAUCACCAGAAUGGAAUUAUUCAAGACUAUAGGAUCUGGUGCCUGGGCAAUGAGACACGGUUUCACAUAAACAAGACUGUAGAUGCUGCAAUUCGCUCAGUGGUGAUUGGCGGACUCUACCCUGGCAUUCAGUACCGGGUUGAAGUGGCAGCAAGCACAAGUGCUGGCACCGGGAUAAAAAGCGAACCACAGCAUAUACUUAUUGGGAACCGUAAUGAAGUUGUCAUCACAGAAAACAACAACAGCAUCACAGAGCAGAUCACAGAUGUUGUAAAGCAACCUGCCUUCAUAGCGGGAAUCGGUGGUGCCUGCUGGGUAAUUCUCAUGGGAUUCAGCAUAUGGCUCUACUGGCGCAGAAAGAAAAGAAAGGGACUCAGCAAUUACGCCGUAACAUUCCAAAGAGGGGAUGGAGGAUUAAUGAGUAAUGGAAGUCGUCCAGGACUUUUAAAUGCCAGUGACCCCAGCUACCCUUGGCUUGCUGACUCCUGGCCAGCGUCCAGUAUGCCAGUGAACAACAGCAACAAUGGACCAAAUGAUUUAGUAAAUUUUGGUUGUGCAGAUGUACUGCCAACAGCUCCAGGACAAGGAGACAAGUCGGCAACCAUGCUAUCUGAUGGAGCCAUUUAUAGCAGCAUUGAUUUUACCACUAAGUCCAGCUAUAACUGCCCAGCACAGACCACACCAUAUGCCACUACACAAAUUCUACAUUCCAACAGCAUCCAUGAGCUGGCAGUUGACUUACCUGACCAGCAGUGGAAAUCAUCUCUUCAGCAAAAGUCCGAAUUGACAGGAUUGGGCUACUGCCUUCCUGACCAGGGCAAAGGAAACAAUGCCUUAAUAUACAUUCCUGACUAUCGUGCUGAGGGAUUGUCAAAUAGAAUGCCACACAACCAGUCACAGGAUUUCAGCACCACCAGCUCACACAACAGCUCUGAGAGAAGCGGCAGCCUUUCAGGGGGAAAAGGAGGGAAGAAAAAGAAGACCAAGAACAAUACCAAGAAUCAGAAAACUAAUGGAUCUAAUUGGGCCAAUGUUCCACUUCCUCCACCUCCUAUCCAGCCAUUGCCUGGGACAGAAAUAGAGCAUUAUGGGUUAGAACAUCAAGAAACUGGGUAUGAUAGUGAUGGAUGGUGCCCACCAUUACCUGUUCAGACAUACUUACACCAAGGCUCCGACGAUGAGCUGGAAGAAGAUGAUGAUAGAGUACCUACACCUCCAGUGCGUGGAGUUGCCUCUUCCCCAGCCAUCUCAUUUGGGCAGCAGUCCACAGCGACACUGACACCAUCACCAAGAGAAGAAAUGCAGCCCAUGUUGCAGGCCCACCUGGAUGAACUGACCAGAGCCUACCAGUUUGAUAUUGCAAAACAGACUUGGCAUUUACAGAGCAAUAACCAGCCACCAAUGGCACCAGUACCUCCAAUGGGAUAUGUCUCUGGAGCAUUUAUCUCAGAGUUAGAGAAGGAUCUUCAGGAUCGUAGAGAUGAUGACAAUGAAGAUGAAAUAUGCAGGCCUCUCAGAGGUCUGGAUCAUACUCCAGGUUCUAGCAUGGAUAAUCUGGAUAGCUCUGCUACAGGUUCUAUGGUAAAUGGAUGGGGGUCUGCAUCCGAUGAGGAUCGAAUAUUUUCUAGUAGAUCUAGUGUAGUUAGCUCUUCUGAUGACUCGAUAUUUACGAGCGGCAACUUUGCACAGUCACUGGUUGCAGCAGCAGAUAAAGCUGGUUUUACGCUCAAUGGAACCAGCCUGUCCAGAGCAGGCAAAAUGCAGUCUUUUUCUCAAAAGCCCAGACCAGCCAGCCCAUUCUCUUCGGAGAGUAACUCUUCCGCCAUAAAUCCUAGCCAAAGGCCAAGGCCUACUAAAAAACACAAGGGAGGCCGUAUCGACCAGCCAUCCUCUCUUCGCAGGGAAGGAAUGGCAGAUGAUCUGCCACCACCACCAGAGCCUCCACCUUGUCAGAGUUUAAGACAGCAACUGCCCUGUCACGUCCACCAGAGAGGAAAGGCAGUUCCCUCGAGAGGCACACGUCAAACAUGGAUGACACAAAGGCGUCUCUGGAACGACAUGGCAGAACCUCCUUAGAACGGCAGCGACAAACACAGGAAUGGCUUGGCUCCACAGACCGGCAAAAUAAACAGACAUUUGGAUCAGAUGAAGUGCUCAUGCCAUAUAGCAAGCCAAAUUUCCCAUCGCCAGGGGGUCACAGUUCAUCUGGUACAACGUCUUCAAAAGAUUCAACAGGACCAAGAAAAGGCGACAUCAUGAGGGGUCACCAGCGCAAUGCCAUUGAUUUUCUGGACGUAGGAUAUUUGGGGCCAAACAGUCAAGGACAGUUUACAGGUGAAUUAU